AUGUCAGUUUGUGCUGAUGACAACGCUGACGAUGAAUACUCUGGCGAGGUUAUUACCACCUUAUCGAAAUUCACUGGUAAUGUAUCAGAAGAACGAAAGAAGCAAAUCGAAGAUAGAGUCAGGAAAUUAGUAGAGGAGGAAUUCGCAAACGAAGAACAAGAAAUAAAAGAAAUGUUAGAAGAAGCAAAAUUGGAAUUGCGAAAACAGCAGGCGAAAUCAAGGAAUUCAGCCAGUUAUUACGGUAGUGAUUUAGUUUUACAGGGGAUUUCUGUUGUCAUUGUGACACUAACAUGCGUUUAUGGUAUGUUUCAAUAA